CUCAGUCCGGAUUCUAGCCGGCUCCAAGAGAUCAAAUGCCGGCAGAAGUGUGUUCGGUUAGACUACCAGGCAGAGAAGGGAAAGCCAGAGAACCCUUCUUCCAGAAUAUGCAGGAAGUCCUUGAUGAAGUUAUCAGUGCACUACUUCCACAACUCAAAGAAAAGCCAUUUGCCCUCUUUGGACAUAGUUUUGGAGCUAUGACCUGUUUUGCCUUUGCAGAGCAUGUGAAGACAGUCAACAAUCUUGAACCGAUCCACGUGUUUCUAUCUGGAGCCUCUGCACCGUAUUCUGCAGCGAGACUGCAGGCGUCAAAAAGAAGUCACCUGUCAGAUCAGGAGGUUCUUACAAGGGUCAUUUUUGGGGGCAUGCCACCAGAGAUAGUGGCCAAAGCUGAGCUUAAGAAAUUAUUCUUGCCUGCGCUGAAAGCAGACCUCUCUAUAGCAGACAACUACAGGUAG